AUGUCCGGCCGCAAGAUCUUCCAGAGCUUGGUGAGCGAGCUGCAAACGGCCGUCGAAAGAGCGUUCGAGAAACACUCGAAGGACAUGCUCAAGAAGCAGGACGCCCUCAUACAGUACAAGAGAAUGCAGUACGUCCGGUCUGGCAAGGUGCUCAGUCCGGAGGAGGAUGCCAGACUCGUGGAGGAAGUCAAGAAAACUACACAGGUGACCAUGCCUGCGGUCAACGUCGAAAUGGUGAAAGCGAUGGACUCGGACCAGCUGACCCCGAAACAGCUCGAACACCUCAAAAAUAUGGCCACCUUCGUCAAAAGCCAGAGAGAAUACGUCGAGCUGCUGGAAAGAUACAACCCGGGAAUCAGCAUGAAGCAGACCGACAAGGUGCGCAAGACGGCCAGAAGAGUCGGAUUGGAGGUUCCCGAGUGA